AUGUCAAAUAAAGCAUUAAGUAACCCGGGUGAAGUCCAAGAGCCAGAUAAAAGAGCUGAUACUGAUUUGCACAGUGACAAGAAAAGAACUACAUUCAUAGCGCCCAUUGUGGGUGAGUCAUUUAGAAAGUACACGUCUCCAGAACCUGCCGAUGAACUCGAGAAGGCAAAAGAAGAUUUGCAAGAGCUGCAAAAAAGCCAAUUGACACAACAAGUGUAUGAAUUGAUCAGGGACAACACCCUGAAUGCGGAAUCCUUAGCAGCUCAUACCGAGGGUGGCGCAAAAGGAAAUAUGGAAGCCAAAUGCAGCUCCCUUAAGCAGAGAUAUAUUAUAGAUGAUGAGGGUGUCAUGAGAGAUAAACGUCGUGAGGACAAGAUAAUUUGCGAGCCGUCACGCAUCUUUGAUGUGGUCAUAUGUGCACAUUUGAUUAAUAACAGAAUGACUUACAAGCCUUUGUAUAAACAUUUGAACGAGACGUAUGCUAAUAUCACCAGAGAUUUUGUUUUAAAAGCAGUACGAUGCUGCUCCAAAAUUAUUAGUGGGAGCGAGCUCACACCGAUGAGCUCUCCUCUAAAGCAAGAAAGAAGAAAACCUACGGAGAAUAUCCAUAAGAGUUUAAUGCCUUUGGAAAGGUUACAUCUAGAGAUAUUAAGACCUUUUGAAAAUGAGUUAAUUGGUAGGAAGUACUCUCAUAUACUUUAUUGGCGAGACUAUCAAUCAAGGUACGUCUGGUUAUUACCAUUGAAAAAUAUAAAAUUAAAAAAUUUGAUAUCUACGAUUGCGAAUUUUCUGUUAAAUUUGCCUCAUUUACCAAUAUUUAUGGAGUCGAGUACUUUUGGUAGACAAGAUCUGUUUGAUAUUUGUGAAAAUAUAUGCAAGACGUAUCAUUUGAAGAUUGGACUUGGUAAUAACAACUCUGCACAGUUUCAAUUGAACGGUAUCGAGUCUAUCAAGUCUUUGCUGCUAAAAAAUAAAUCAUCAUGUAUUAAAGAUUGGAAUAUGUGCAUUUGGCACGGUUCCUACCUUUACAACAGGACUUACAACUCAAAAUCGUUCGGCAUUCCCAACAAUCAGUUAUGGAACAAUUUGACGGGAUUGGGCGAGAACUUUGAAGCUAAACGGGACGAAUUACUAGAAAAUUCAUCAUCAAAUAACGUUGUAGAAAUCGUGCAUGGACUGAUUCACCUUGAGGAUGACAAAGCAAUCAAACUACAAGAUGAAGAACGGGAAGUCAUGGAAAAAAACAUAACAGUUAAUAAACGUUUGUCAGGAGAAAUUGUACCUACACAUUCGGACAGUUACGAGUUGAGUGAAGAAAUCUCAAAACCUUCGUCUUCUUAUUAUGAUGGUAUGGUAUCACCAUCAAAGAAAAGACGUCAGGUACACCGUGAACACCAAAAAGAGAUUUCAACCGUACUAUAA